AUGGAGAAAUUUCAUCAUGUCUGGCUGCUGGCCCACCCAGCUAAACCAUCAAAGACCAGCAAGAACUGGGUAGCUCUCCUGGAUGUGAAUGAAACUGCAGGGAAGAGUUUGAAGGCAACCCUUGACAAACAUUAUGGACAACACAGAACCCUGUUCCUUUACUGUGAUGUUGAGUCAGAGGAGCAAAUCAAAGAUUCCCUUCAGAAAACUGUAGAAACUUUUGGGGGAGUAGACAUCCUGUGCAACAAUGCUGGUAUCUUGAAUGAGGGAGAAUGGGAGAAAACUUGCUCCAUAAACCUUGUAAGUGGCGGCUGUCAGAGUAACUUACGUCUGCAGCACAUGAACAAGUUGACUGGAGGUUGGGAAGGGGUCAUCAUCAAUACUGCAUCCAUGGCAGGUCUUGGUCCUUUUCCAAGCUGUCCUGUGUAUACAGCCAGUAAGUAUGGAGUGGUUGGCUUCACUCGAGCCAUGGUGGCACUUGGCUGCCUCCACUGCUACGGUAUAUGUGUCAUCGCUUUUUGUCCAGGUCUUGUCCAAACAGAGCUGGCUUCAAAAAUUUGCAAAAGAUUGGGACAAUUUUCCCACCUGGUUGAAGAAACCCAAAAAUUGAUGGACAAAGGGAUGAUGAAAGCAUCCGAGGUAGCCGAGUGCCUCCUUGAGUUAGUGACCAACGAAACAAACAAUGGAGAGGCUUUCAUGGUGAAAUUCAACCUAAAGAAAUAUGUGACUUUUCCUGAAUUAUACUAG